AAGAGUUAUAGUAAUAAGAAGAUGUUAGAUGUAGUAAAUCGAUAAAUAGCUGUAAGGGUUGCGCGCGUCGUCGCGUAACUUCGGGUUAAAACGUAAAAGUGGGGGUUUUCCAUAGUGAGAUGAUAUCAAGGGGUUGUUCGGUAAACGUUUUCCCAUCAAUUUUCCUCGCGGAUUAGAAUCAAUUUCUCAUCAUGAUCCAUGUUGAUGUGGGUUUUUAAUAAGUCGGUGAAAAUGUUUGAUUCGGUAAUUCGGGGAUGUUCGCAGUGGCGUCGCAAGGGGUUGUUGUACGGUAGCGACACCAUUCGGGAAAACUGAAGUGGUGGCGGUUUCAUUGCGCAAGCUACUACGUUACCUCGUCCUAAAAAUAGAUUUAGGAAGUCGGGUGUGUACUCGAACGCGUUCGGAGAACCGCGACGGCUCCGGUUUCCACUUAUUUUCCCGGAACCGUUAAGACGCGUAUACCCGGUUUUCCGUACGGAUUUCGGGGGCCCGGUUUUUCCGGGGGGUGAGUUCCCCGGCUAUUUUUUAACCGGUGGGCGAUCGAUCGACUUCAAAGGUCCAGUAGAAAAGCAGCCCCCCUUUUCUGCCGAACUGUUAUCAAGGCAACAUAUUUAAAUGUACAAUAGGAAUGUGAUUUGAUAAAGGGAAAAUUCGUGUAAAAAAUGUCGAGGGUUUUUAAAAUCCCGAUUCUAGUUAUUUUCCUGCUCGUCUCAAUGCUUGUGUUGCCGGUUACUUUGGAACAGGACGAAGACAUUCCUCAUAACGAAGUAAAAAAUUGGGCGUUAAAGUUUGGUGUCGACCUCUGGGAAUACGGCAGGCAACUGACAAGAAUGAACGAAUUGCAGAGAAAAUAUCAUGAAGUUGAAUUGGAUAUAGAAAGAAAAGAUGGGUUAUUGCUUAUCCGGGAAAUGGCAGCUGAAGUCAAGAACAUGAUGGACUUUAAGAUGAGUGCAGUGAUGCGAAUUAUGGAUUCUGCCGAACAAAUUGCAUUAACACCUCAAAAUGAUAAUGGAAACAUAAAAUAUUUCAAUGCAAAAAAGUUAAAUAUUUUCGGGCACGAUGGAAAACCCGCUGAUGGUUCGCGGGAGAUGAUGUUGACGGCAAAUCCUCAUUUUGAUUAUUUACCAGUAAACACUUCGUUUAGUUCGGUUCUUAUUCCAAGUGAUAUUCAUGAAUCAGAUCCUGAUGUGAUUAAUUCAAUUCAACGUUCUGAACAUUUAGAUCCGUUAUUUGUUAAUAAUUACGAAGACGAUCCAUCUUUAUCAUGGCAAUAUUUCGGAAGUUCUUCCGGUUAUUUAAGAAGAUAUCCUGCCAUCGCUUGGCCACCAGAAGAAAUGUCUACUGCUUGGCAACGCUCUUCCGAAGAUAGAAAUGUUUAUGAUUUUCGCCGCACUGCUUGGUAUGUUACAGCAGCAACAUCGCCAAAAGACAUCGUAAUUUUAGUGGAUUCAUUAACGGCAUCUAGUGGAAGACAUUUGGCAAUAACAGACGCAAUAGUUACGGCUAUUUUAGACACGUUAACUAACGAUGAUUUCGUAAAUAUUUUCAAAUUUUCCGAAAUCGCCGAAGAAAGCGUUCGGUGUUUCCAAGAUGUUUUGGUGCAAGCCAACAAUGAAAAUAAACGUUGGUUGAGGGAAUCUAUAAAAAGUCUUCGAGCCGAUGACAUUGAUAAACAAGAUUUUACUAACGCUUUAAUUAAAGGAUUUGAAAUUUUGCACAAAUAUAAUAGAACAGGACAAGGAUGUCAAUGCAACCAAGCUAUAAUGUUAAUCACCACUGAAGCUUCCUCAAAACAUAAAGAAUUGUUCAAGAAGUACAAUUGGCCACAUAAACCAGUCAGGAUUUUUACCUAUUUGGUUGGAUCUGAAAGUGCGAGCGUUGAAGAUCUGCAUUGGAUGGCUUGUAGCAAUAAAGGUUACUACACACGAGUGUCGAAACCUGAUGAGGCAAAGCAGCAAGUGUUGCGUUACAUUGAAGUCAUGGCUCGACCUGUUGUUAUGUAUCAAAACGAUCAUCCCAUUCAAUGGACGUCUGCUUACGUUGGAGGAAGAAAGGAUAGUUUAGGUGGUGGAAAUCAAGGACAACUAAUGACAUCUGUCACAACGCCUGUUUUCGAUAGAAGAAAUCAUUCGAUGCGCGCUGCUAAUAUCUUAGGAGUAGUUGGAACGGACGUUUCUGUGGAACAAAUUAAGAAACUCGUGCCUCCAUAUAAAUUGGGUGUAAACGGUUACUCUUUUAUCGUAAACAACAACGGGCACGUUUUGUAUCACCCAGAUGUUAGGCCCUUGUACGGAAAUAGACAGUACGAAAGCACUUUAGAACCGACUUACGUUACUGUUGAUUUAUCCGAGUUAGAGCUAGUCGAAGCGGAAAAUGGGCCUAGAGAGAAUCACUCGGCACUUCUUGAGUUAAGACACGAUAUGAUUGAUCAAAAAGAAGGCGAGACCGAGUUAACAGUGAAAAUUCAUUAUGAUAAUAUGAGACGAGUUACAACACGUCGCCAUAAAUAUUUUUACAACCCCAUUGAAGGAACACCAUUUUCUUUGGGGUUGGCAAUUCCGGAAGGUUAUGGAAUGUAUCAAUUAAGAGCUGAACAAGAAGUAAAAAGAAGUCAGAAGAAUGUUGAAGAAUAUUUCAAAGGAAAUAAUUGGAAAGUUCAUCCAGAUUGGGUUUAUUGUGAAUAUACAAAUGGGCCAUCUGGUGGCGAUCAAGGAUUUAGUACAGCUGAAGAACGAGUUCUUCAUUUUCUUUCAAGAAGUAGAAGGCCGGGGUGGAAAUGGAUGUCUUUAAGACCAAGAUCGCCAUCGCAAAGGGAUCAUUACCAUCCAACUAAUAAACAAGAUAAAGAUGCGUAUUAUUGUGAUAAAACUUUGUUGCAAUCGCUGGUGUUGGAUGCAAUGGUUACUGAAGAAUUAGAAAGACAUGCUUCGAGACCACCUUACACUGAAGAAAAUAAUCACCCGAUUGCAACACUUUUGGUUUUAUUGCAAAGUCAAGGCUUCCAUAUGUUCGGAUUAACGCUAUCGUUCGUUGCUACAAGAAGUGGAUUAUUACGAUGGACGGAUCAUACUCCACCGGAACAAAACCAACAACAUUUUAGUCAAAGUAAUGUAAGAGCGAUAGAUGAAGUUUGGUACAAAAGAGCGGUUGAUCAGCACGCGAUUGAACCUGAAAGUUUUGUCUUUUCCGUACCUUUCGAUGUCAAAGCAACCUCUAAGUCUUUAGUAACAGCCACUCACGCGGUUUUUGUUGAACACGGUGGUCAUCGAGCUCCGGCUGCUGUUGUUGGGUUGCAAUAUCAACACAGCACUUUGGCUUCCCAUUUUAUUAACAUUACUUCCGCGUGCACCGGUCCUUCUGCUUGUCGCAAAACUUGUGCCAGUACUGAAUUGGAUUGUUAUAUCUUAGAUAAUAAUGGGUUCAUUAUUAUUUCUGAAAAUUCUGAACAUACCGGAGUAUUUUUUGGGCACAUCGAUGGGACCAUUAUGGAUUCUUUAGUUCAAGAUAGAAUUUAUAAUAAGGUUACUGUUUAUGAUUACCAAGGAAGCUGCGCUAGCAAACGCGAUUAUUUCAGCGGAUCUGCAACACCAAUUAAAAAAGCAUCGUUCCUAAAUAUCUGGUUAACAAACUUCCUAACUUUUUGGGCUGGUAUUAUACAUUACGUACAAGGAAUAGCCAUAUCAUAUACUCAAGACCCAGAUGCAUAUCUCGAUUACGAUCCCGAUGAUAUAUAUCGACCGGACGAUAUUGUGGAUGAAUCCGAGAUCGGUCAUACACAUUAUACAAUUUCAAAUGGUCCAACUUACAUAUCGGAUAAUGACGCACAAAUGGAUAACAUGGAUAGAAGUGAAGAUACCGUCCGACCGUGCGAUAGGAAAGUUGAUUUGUACGUGUUGCAACCUGAUAGAUUAAAUACUAGUGGACAAAGCAAUCCGUUGAAAGGAAAAUUAACUAAUUGUCAUGUAACAGGAUGUGAAAGACCAUUUAGUGUACAAAAAGUACCACAUAGUAAUUUAAUAUUGCUCGUUGUGGAUACAUUGUGCCCAUGUGGUAGUAAACAAUUAAGUAUUACGCCUCAAGAAUUAAUUUAUGAUAAUGGUAAUGGAAGGUGUUUACAUAAACCUAAAGAGAGUUUGUACAGAAGGCGCCCACCAAAGUGUAUUAAUUAUCAUCCGGAGGAGAUUGAAAUUUCUCUUUGCGGUUCAGUAUCGCGUGUAACGUCGGCAUUCGGCGUGUUUACAACGUUAACAAUAACGUUAUAUUUAAUCCUGUCGUGAUUUACUAUAGAAGAGUCGUACGUUCUGUUGGCGUGAUCUGAGAAAGUUGCGUGACGAAAAUUUUAAAAGAAUAAUAAAAAAAAAGUUGUAAGAAAGAAAAAAAUAAUUAAAAAAAAUGUAAUACAGAAAGUAUAUUUAAAAAAAAGUAUCUUCAAAUAUUUGUAACUCUAGUUAAAGUUUUUUAUAUAAUUUAUAUUUGAUAAGUGUCGUUUUUCUUUUUCAGCGUAUUUUGUACAUAUCAAGCAUAAACCGAUGUGUUGUUAAGCGGCCACUAUUAGAGAUAAAUGUGAAAGGGUAAAACACAGUGAUGACAAUAACUACUUAGGUUGACAAAAAAGACUUUCGAAAAUCUGACAAAAAAAAUUUAUCAAAAAAAAAAUAUAAUUAUUAUUAUAAUAAUAAAGAUGAAAAAAGGACAGUAUACACACGUAUAUACAUAUAUAUACAUUCACGCGAUCAUAUUGUAUAGAUUAUACACCCGUUAUAUAUGUAUAUAGGUUGAAGUUUUGACGUCAAUGUACAUAUCGUGGCUUUGUGCGUAAUUAACAAAACUAGUUAAAAGAAAAAAACUUAAAACUGUAAGAUCCCCUUCCCUUUUUCCUUCGGGCAUAGUAGUGAAUUAAAUCUUUUUUAGCUAUUUAAAUAGCUUCACUACUAUUGCGAACAGCGUCGAGUUCUCAAACCGCCAAUUGGAUAAUAUACCGUGUGAACAAAAUAUUCAAACAGUAAAUAAAAUACGUUUAGGUUCAAUAUGUAUACAUACUCGUUGAGGGUUUUUGGAAGUCGCGUUAUACUUCCAACUUCCUAUUUAAAAAAAAAAACAUGAAAUGUAACUCUAACUGUAAUUUAAGCUUUGGGCUUAAGUAUAACAUUAAAUUUACCGGAGAUAAACUAAAAAUGAGAAGAAAAAAUAUGAUGAUGAUGAUCCUACAAUAUAGUAAGUUUGAUACAUCAAUUUUUAAGAUAGACCAUAUCAAUGGAAAAAUGUAACUACGUUAUAACGCUAAAACCGAGUCUUCCAAUAAACAAAUAAUAAAUUGUAAGUUAUGUAAAAUUGUAGAAAAGAUGUUAGCGUUUAAAAAAUAUAUAUUGAUUUUUUCCGGUCGCUGGAAACAGUUUUUAUGCCUUAUCGUUUUCUCUUUAUCUUGUACAUCGGUUAUUACGUAUAUUGUCGUAAUAGACCUAUUACACUCUUAUCUAAAACAAAUUGCAUAGAUUUAAUUAAAUUAUACUAUAUUUA